GACAACCUGUCUCUGGUCCAGAGACGUGGACACUUUGGGAUUAUCACGAUGAACCAGGAUCAUGAACUGGAGAGGCUCACCACAUCCAGAGCAACGUUCGUCGCUCCGGAGAGUCACAACGUGAGGCAGAAAGGCAUCAGAGGCGAGCUCAUGGAAACACUCUUGGCCGAGAGGAUUCGCGAAAGGAUUCAAGUUGAACAGAAUCCACCGAUUCCCAAAACGGAUUUCUGCUCCACGAGCCAGAGGGAGUUCAAGGUGGAGGGAUUUGUUCCUCUCUCCCCGGAAUCAACACAAGUUCAUGAUUAUAAAACGGAGGAGGCGAUUACCUUCUGGAGUGAGAACCAGCAGCGGGUCGAGGGUGUGACCGCCGUGGAGUUCCUGGAAUCACCUUUCAGGAGGUCGGCGUUUUUCACCAAACAAGUCGGCGAGUGGCUGGAUGAAUGAAGCCCCCCCCCCCCCCGUCAACUGAGAUAGUGCGUCACAUGACAUCACUACAUCACCAUCACAUGUGCAUGAAUCAAUAUUAGCUGAUGUCAUGUUUACAGACCACAGACAGAAGAGCACAGACACGUGGACUUUAAACCUGCAGAACAAACUGUCGCUGGUACUUUGAUAUGAAACACAGAAAGUUUGUGUUGUGUGGAUUUGCUGAGAAACAUUUCCCUCUAGUUUAUUUACUUUAUCAGUAUCAGCUCUGUGUGUAAAGUUGGUCAGCGCUGAUAGCAAAGAAUGUUAUGAGUGGAUUUCUGUUUUGUGGUUUAUAUCUUUAUAAUGUUAAUCUUUAUCUAGAGCUACUUUUUCCAUUGUGCUCCAAGAGGAGUUUAUUUUUUAUUUUCAAGAGAUGUAUUUGGGCCACAUGUGUAGUUUGAAAUGUCUCAGUUUGUUGUAGUUCUUUCUCAGUGAUGCAGAUAUAAGCUAAUUGUAAUAAAACUUCCAACAAGACCAACGUGGAAAUGAUAACUGAUCGUCUACAAACACUCAGAUUUAAUCUCAGUUCACUGGCUCUCAAAAAGAUUUAAAUUUAACUCGUUGAAACCUACAGAAACUCUAAAUUAACUAUUUGCAGCCUCUAAUUUCUUAUUUUCUAUUUCCUCUUCUCCUCCCUAGCUGCUCUGUUUCCAGGCUCCAUUCUUCUUUCUGUCAUUUCCCUUUCUCCUCUUGCCACCUCCUAAUUGUUGCAUCAACAAGCUGCACCUCCUCCCUCCUACACCGGACCAACAUCUGGCUGAGAGAAGCUACCAGGACACUGAAAAUAGCACAGAGGCUGUUUCUCCUCCUUCACAGAGACACCGGCCCACAGCAUGCAGAUGUGCAACACAAUGCAUCGUCGGGAAUCCGCAGUGUUGCGCUGCAGCUGCACGUGUGUGUUGUGUCAGUCGCACGAACCUUCAGGGGCUGUUGAUCCUCUCCGAGCUCGCAGCAGGGAUUAGAAGGCGGUAGCUGUGGAGACAAGUCACUUUAGCUUAUAUUCAUGCAGCUUCUCUUCACAAACAUUUAAUUAUCUCAUUGGAUGAUACAGUAAAAACCAAUUUGCCUCUCAAACACGAGGCCUUGGAGCGACUUUGUAUUUGUAAAUUCAAUUCUG